UAUGAGUUCAUCUUCGCACUAAGGCAGUUCGGAGUGAGGUAACCUUGGAGCUCUGCAAGAGCUUCAUUGAGGGACUAAAGCCUUGGUGGGAGGUACCUCAAGUCGUACUACCCUGGAGGAGAAGGAUAGUCCUCACUGAAAGGAACACAGGAAGCUUUUGACACGACGUGGAGGGUCCCAGAGCACCCACUCAGCUGGAGUGACCCAUGCAAGCAAGAAGUUGAAGGCGGUGGGCACCCAUGAGCAUUUGCAGCGGAGGCUGACUAUGCAUCGCAUCUCCUUGAGUAGUUGGGACCCACAUCCAAGGACAGGUGUUGCCAGCAGUGAGAAGCUGCUCUGCUGGUGGGUGGCUCUUUCUGAAGGUCUCUCUCCAUCAGACUAGAGGACCUGUGGGAGUUUUUACAGCACACACUUCACUGCGGAGCUCUGCGUUGCAUGUCUUUGUGGCUGAGGAUUCAGGAUAAAAAUACUUCUCCAGUAAUGAAGAGCAGCUGAUGAUGCACUGCCUGGCUUCCUGAAGAACUGGGUGCAGUCCUACCAGCCUGUAAAACAAUGUCAUUUCCCCUGCUGUGUCCUCACAGCUUAUUCUGGGUGCUGUCAAGGCACGCAAUGUUGCAUCGGUUUAACACUGGAAAUUCAUUCAAGACAUUUGUCAAGGCUCUCUUGUGGCUCCUGUUUGGAAUAAUCCUACUUUGCUCUCCAGCACAUUGUUCUGUUUUUAAAAUUGGACUAGUUGGACCCUGGAACUGUGACCCCUUCUUUUCCAAGGCCUUUCCUCAUGUGGCUGCCAGGUUAGCAGUGGGACGAAUAAGCAAAGAUCCUUCACUAAAUCUUGGCCACAGGUUGGAUUAUGUGGUCCUGCAAGAAGAAUGUGAGACAUCAGCUGCUCUGGUUAAAUUCAUUGACUUCGGAAAGCGUUCCUCAGCUUUCAUAGGCCCUCUGAACCCUGGCUUCUGUGAGGUGGCUACAUUUUUAGGGGAAAACUGGAAUAAAGCCAUCUUCUCAUGGAUGUGUAUCAAUUACAAACUAGAUUCUAGCAUCCACCACCCUACAUUUGCAAGGACCCUGCCCUCUCCCACCCGAGUAUUGUUUACAAUAAUGAAAUAUUUUAACUGGGCUCAUGUUGGCAUCAUUGCUUCUAACGAGGAUAUUUGGAUGGACACAGCCAACAAGUUAGCGAGCGCACUCAGGAACCAGGGGCUUCCUGUAGGCAUUGUUACAUCCAUGCGUAAAGGAGAAAAAGGCAUUGAAGAUACCUGGAAUGAGAUUAAAGCAGUUCAUGGCCUCAGAAUUAUACUCCUGUGCAUGCAUUCUGUGCUCAUUGGAGGGAAGGAACAAGCUACCUUACUCACAAAAGCUCUGGAAAUGGGACUAGCAGAUGGAAGAUAUGUCUUCGUUCCAUACGACACUUUACUGUACAGUCUUCCUUACCAAAACAGCUCAUUCAAUGUCUUUGAUAAUGACAACAAGCUCCAGGAAGCAUACGAUGCUGUGCUGACUAUCACACUGGCAUCUGGAGAAAGGACUUUCUAUGAUGCAUUCAGGGAAGCUAAAGAAAGCGGUGAGAUAAUCGGAGAUUUGGAAGCCACUCAGGUUUCUCCACUUUUUGGAACAAUCUAUGAUGCGAUUUACUUCAUGGCGAUGGCUAUAGACAGUGCUUUGAGGAAAGGAGCCAGAGUUUCAGGAGCUAACAUAGCUAAGCACACAAAAAACUUCAGUUUCCCUGGAUUUAGUCACUGGGUAGAGACAGACAGCUGUGGGAAGGGGCUGAGUAACUACGUGAUAUUGGACACAGAUGGUUGUGGGAACCAACUUUUCCCAACCCAUUUGCUGAACAUGUCUUCAGACGCUGUGAAGUCUCUAGGCCGGGCAAUCCACUUUCCUAGCGGAGCUCCACCCAAGCCAGACUCCAGCUGUUGGUUUGAUCCAGAUGUUCUCUGCAAUGGAGGGAUUGAGCCUACAGUCGUGAUUUUGGGAGUGAUGUUGAUAUUUGCCCUGCUGCUUUUUGCUGCAGGCCUGGCUUCUCUCAUCAGGCAUAGUAUCUUGAACAGCCAGCUAUUCAGGGGUCCUAAUAAAAUAAUAAUGACCUUGGAUGACCUUAUCUUCAUCAACCCGGAGCUAUAUAAAAAGAGGCUGACCUUGGACAGUCUGACUGAUGCAACCAGUGUAGCAGCCGAUGGCAGAAGCCUGAAAUCUGUAACCCGUUCUCUUUCCUUGAAAAGUACAGAUGCCACCCAUGAAACUUCCAAUGUGGCUUUGUAUGAGGGAGACUGGGUGUGGCUGAAAAAAUUUGAGACUGGAGCAGUCCACAAGCUGCGACAAAGCUCCACCAGCAUCUUGAGGAAGAUGAAAGAUCUGCGUCAUGAAAAUGUGAAUCUCUUCCUGGGCUUUUUCUCUGACUGUGGCAUCUUUGCCAUAGUGACAGAGUACUGCUCCCGAGGAAGCCUGGAGGACUUGUUGAGAAAUGAAGAUAUGAAACUGGAUUGGAUGUUUAAGUCCUCUCUUGUGAUGGAUCUAAUUAAAGGUAUUAGAUAUUUACAUCACCGAGAUUUAGCCCAUGGACGUCUCAAGUCUCGUAACUGUGUUGUGGAUGGUCGGUUUGUGCUGAAGAUCACUGACUAUGGCUAUAACGAGCUCUUAGAAGCACAGAAAUGCCCAUAUAUUCAGCCACCCCCAGAAGAAUUGCUCUGGACAGCUCCUGAGUUACUGAGAGACCCAGACAUGCGCAGAAAAGGCACGUUCAAAGGGGACAUUUACAGCUUUGCAAUUAUCCUACAAGAAGUGGUUGUUCGGGGUCCACCAUACUGCAUGUCAGAUCUUUCAGCCGAAGAAAUUAUAAAGAAAGUGAAGAAACCCCCUCCCUUGUGCCGCCCCAACAUAGUCCCAGAGUUGGCUCCCCUGGAGUGCAUCCAGGUAAUGAAGCAAUGCUGGGGUGAAGCCCCUGAACGGCGUCCAACCUUUGAGGAGGUAUUUUAUAAGUUCAAAACCAUCAACAAAGGGAAAAAGACCAAUAUCAUUGACUCAAUGCUCAGGAUGCUUGAGCAAUAUUCAAGCAAUCUGGAAGAUUUAAUCAGGGAGCGGACCGAAGAGCUAGAGGUUGAAAAACAGAAGACAGAAAAACUACUGUCACAAAUGCUUCCCCCAUCAGUGGCGGAAGCCCUCAAGACUGGUGGCACUGUGGAGCCUGAGUAUUUUGAUCAGGUGACCAUCUACUUCAGUGACAUUGUGGGCUUCACAACCAUUUCAGCCCUCAGUGAACCCAUUGAAGUAGUUGACCUUCUGAAUGACCUUUACACACUGUUUGAUGCUGUUCUUGGAAACCACGAUGUUUACAAGGUGGAGACAAUUGGUGAUGCCUACAUGGUUGCCUCAGGGCUCCCAAAACGGAACGGAAACAAGCAUGCGGCUGAGAUAGCCAACAUGUCCCUGGACAUCCUCAGCUCAGUGGGAACAUUCAAAAUGAGACACAUGCCAGAAAUUCCCCUCAAGAUACGAAUUGGGCUGCACACAGGGCCUUGCGUGGCUGGUGUGGUGGGGCUUACCAUGCCACGGUACUGCCUCUUUGGAGACACGGUGAACACAGCAUCACGAAUGGAGUCCACAGGCCUGCCUUACAGAAUCCAUGUCAGUCAAAGUACAGUGGAUAUACUUCGGAGUCUAAAUGAAGGCUAUGAAAUUAUACCUAGAGGAAAAACAGAACUGAAGGGUAAAGGAGUAGAAGACACAUAUUGGCUAGUUGGGAAAAAAGGCUUUCUGAAGCCCCUACCUAAACCUCCUGAUACAAAGUCAGGUCACAACUGGCCAGAUAUGUUGUCCCGGAAACUCAGAUCUGUCCUGAAGGGCACAAAGAGGACACUGACAAAAGCGACAUUUAAAGAGCUGGGGAGCAUGAAAGAGGCUGAAAUAAGUAUUGAAGAGGAUGAAAUCUGAGAAGAGCACAGCAAAGAACUAGUAAGACUGGGAUGGACACCUUGAAACCAACCAAGUAGAGGAGCUCACACGCUCCUUUUAAUUCCCUUCCAGCCAAACCCAGUAAAACUGAUAAAGCCUCUUAGCUCUUGCAGGAGGUGAACCUGAGCGGUUAGCCGAAUCCUGGCCAUCAUCUGUUGUGAGAUUUGACAUCAUCUCAGAGCUGUACUUGUGUCUUUUUGGCAGGGAUCCAUUGGGGAGGGAAGUGAUGGUAAUGGUAAUGUCAACUGUUCAUCAGCAUCUGUCACAAAGGUGAACCCAAAGAAUUUUUUAGCUAUGUCUGCAUGGCAACACAAACAUGUCCAGCUGCACUUGGGAUUGGAUUAGAGUUUAUUAUUGUAGGAAACUCUAUUUUCAUGAAAAUCAGUGCAAUCCAGAGGAAAAUGUUUUUGGCAAUGACAAAAAAAUCUUUUACUUUCUCGUAAGGCGAAAUUUUGAAUCAAAAUGUUUUGUUCCUGCAUGUCAAUUUAAGCUGAACCUUUUCUUUUAAAUUGACAUUUCAGCUGCAAAUGCCAUUUUAAUGUUAUUUUCAAACUGAAAUGACAGUUUUGAAAUGAAACCGUUUGGUAUGAAUCAAUAUUUUCUUUCAAAUGCCAAAAUGUGAUUCUUCUCAAAAUGUCAAAAUAUGUGAUCUUCUCAAUUCCAGAUCUAAACUGGAAGAACAUUUUGUUUUUCUUUAUCGAGACACACAUAUAGUGUAUCUAAAACAUGUUAUACUUCUCAUCCCAAAGCAGGAUGAAAAUGGAAUGUCAAGAUAUUGGAAAACUGAGAUGCAGAGAAUAACAUUCUGCAGUUCCUUUAGGUUAGUAAUACUAAUAAGAUAUGAAUUUUCUUUCCUGCAAUAAUGGGGGUGAGGGAAUGAAAAAUACAUCACCUAAGCAGUGAAAAGCCUAAAAUACAUUACACUUUUCCUUCCCAAUCUCCAAGUGGUCUCAAAGGUAUAUCUCUUCAAAGUAAGCAUCACAACGAGCAAAAAUGCCUUUCUGCAAAGGAUCAGCAUUUGAUCUGCAAACACUUUUCACAAAUCGCACUUCAUCAAGGUCAAAUAAUUUUGUUGUUGGCCGCUUCUUUGUCCAAGUUUUUUUACCCCUGUACAAAUCUGGCUUCUAACAAACUUCUGGGAAUUGUUGUUCCCUCUUCUACAAGGCUGAAGAGAACUGCAGACAUGGUAAUUUAAUCAAUAUUACCACCAGAAGGUGCUCUUUGAAAACACAGAGACCUUUCUCAAGUUCAGAUUGAACUCUUCUCAUUAGAGUAACCAGAGCAGAUUUUUAUCAUUCAGAUGAUGAACAACAGUGAACAUCCACCCACGAAAUCUUCUUUGGUUAUUGAAAAUAUAUUUAUGAAAUGAGGCAAGUAAGACUCCACAAAGCUAAUUAAGAUACUAUUUUUCACAACUAAUUAACUGUAGCAAAUAUUAAAGGUGUACUCUCAAAGUAAGGGUUGUUUGGAGUAAAACCAUCUGAAAAGUGAAAAUAGAAUGGAAAUUCAUUCAGGUUCUUUAAUAAUGAGAUUCUGCUCUGUGACAUCUGUUUUUGUGACAGGAGGUUUUGCUUGUUUUGUGAUAGGAGUUGAAAUUCCAAGACAGACAAGUUUGCCCUUGAAAGACAUAUGUCAAAAGGCUUAUAUGACACUUGAGCUGUCAAACAGGGCUUAGGAGAGCUUUCACCUUUGGCUCUGUGCUCACUCUCAGCAUAUUCAUUCAGGAAUCAGAAAGGCUUGAUGCUCUUGCAUCAAUGAGUAUUCCUUGGAAAAGCCUAUGAGUAGUCAAGGCUGGCCUUCAAAUGAAGAUGAAUACCCCCAAAGAUGUGCAAAAGGAGAAUCAUUUGGCUAAAUACAGCCCUGUAGGGUGCAGUCUGAGACAGCCACUCAGACGGGUCCUCUAACAGUCAGAGAAGGGAAACAGGCACUUCUCAGGAGUGUUUCUUAGGUUCCUACAGGUGGAUACUGCUGUGCGUGCUAGCUGUCUCAGUUCUCAUUACAGCUAAUGGAUUUCAGUUCGAAAAUCCAAGAAGCCUAAUGACUCAGCUGAGCCUAAAAUGGGUGCGUACGUUGGCCUGCACAGUCAUCCCUGGACUUCACUACUGGUAAAAUCUCCAUUCAAGCAAUGGAAGCCUGGUGCACACAGUGCCACCCAAACCCGAGGUACUUGUGGUACAACUCAGCUGCUGAAACACAGGUGGUUAAUACCAUUUGCGAUGCCCUUCGUGAACCUGGCAGUGUUAGAUUUACAGUUGGACUUUAUAAUCUUAAAGAUCUGUUCCAAUCUAAAUGUUUCUAUAAAUUUAUAAUUCUAUGAUUCUAUUAUUCUAUCUAAAUUGUCCAGAUAGAGCUGAUAAAUGACAUAGGACUAGAUCCUUUUGCAAUGACAGCUGGAGGCCAGAAAGCAGAUACUAAGAUCUGAAAUAAUAGUAGACAGUUAUAUUUAAUGAGAUACCAGGUAUCUGCAUGCAGAUGGAUGAACUGUGCCCUAAAAGUUCUUGCCAUCAACUCUAACAGGGGCUGCACUGAUCAGCUCAGGUGGAGAAACCUACGUCAUGGAUGACUAAAGUCAAAUUCUAUGCACCCUACUCCCACAUAGAUAACAUCACUGAUUCAGAGGAGCUGCUGGACUCUCUGACCUUUAACCUGGGCCUGGAAACUCUGCUAAUCCUUUCCGAAAUACUGUUCUUAUCAGCAUAGAGACAAAAAGGAUGUAAAAGAAGACACAUGAGCAGAAAAUAAAAUCUGUGAAGCAACUUGCUCUUAGCAACAUAAGAAAUCUGGCAGCUGAAGGAAUACCUGCCAUUAUUGCUCCUGAGAAACUUCCCAUAAUCCAUUUACCUGGUUGGACAGUGAGCAGGAAAGACAGAAAACUUUUAUUUCUGCUAUAUAUAAAUUAAACAUUUGUAAAUGCUUGAGAAAAACAACAAGACAACUCUUCAAUUGACCACUAUUCAUACAUUUUCCCUUUCAAUGUCUACAAAUAUGUACAAAUAUAUAUAUAUAUUAAUUUGGGGGUACCCAGUUUUUUAUUUCAUUCUUAUCCACUAAGAAAUAAUCUUUUGAGUAUGUGUUUUUGUUAGCCUGAGAAAAGACAAUUUUAAGAAAAUAUUCAUACCCAAACCCCAAAGUUUCCAGAUGAAGACCUUUUAAACAAGAAGAUUUCAAUCUGCCCUUCUGCACACAGUUCUGGGAUUCUUUCUUCAGCCUUCAGUCUUCUAAAAUAAACAACAUUCUUUGAAUUUGUUUUAAAAAGUAAAAUAGUAAAUCUGUGGGAAAGAGUGGCAGAGAAGCAAAGUUCUGAUCACUGAUGACUUUAGUAAUCCCAGGAUAAUUCUUAAUUCUCUUUGAAGUCAGCAGUAUCUCUUUUCCUCCUAAUUUCCACAGGAAGAGGCCAAUUCUCAUCCUUGAAUGUGAUAACCUCUGCUGUUAGAAAGCCAUUAAAUAUAUUUAUAUUUUCCCGGCAUAAUUCUGUUUAGACAGGUCUAGGUUUACUCAUGAGAUUUCUUCCCAUACUAAUUAAGAUCAGUGUGUUAGACUCUUUUCUUUUUAUUUUGCUCCUAAAACUAAUGUUCGGAUGAUGGAAUGAGGAAGAUGGGGGCUAAAAGCAGCAAAUGUAAUUUUUGUAGCCCUGCAGCAGACUUCUCAGAUGAUUGUGGACAAAUCACUUGCUGGAUUUCUAGGAUAGUGAAGCGUAUGCUCUAGAAACCACUAUCACAAGAACUUGCCAUGUGAUUGCAGGAGGUUUUACCAUUAAUGUUACAAGGUGAAUUUUAAUGUAAUUGUGCAAACCCACUGAGAGCUGUAGAUGUAUAUGUGCACAAUAUACACUGUCUGAAUAUAGUUCAUAUUUCACACAGUAUUCUUAACAGUGAAUUAAAACCAAAUGCCA